AUGUCUGCCAAUCCGUCUUCUCCAUCCCAAGGAAGUCGUGUACCCACUCCCAGUGGUCCGCCGUUCGACAAACCCUCUACGAACCUCAUUAUCCGCUCAUCAGAUCUUGUCGAUUUCCGUGUCCACCAGCACAUUCUCGCCGAAGCCUCUCCCGUCUUCGCAGACAUGCUUACUCUGCCACAGCCUCGAGAGCAGGAACGAGACCUAUUGCCCGUCGUCGACGUCGCCGAAGACGCUCAAACCUGGCGUUACUUGCUGUUCCUCUGCUACCCAACGAACAAACAAAACUUCUCCAAGCUUGAAGACACAAUCCCCGUUAUCAAAGCUGCUCAGAAAUACGAGAUGGAGUGGCCUGUUACUUACAUGAUUGACAAGCUUCGAGCAGGUGCACACUUACGUCCCCUAUUUGUCUGGGUCAUCGGCGUUCGCUGCCACCUCGAGCAGACCCAGCAAUACGCUGCGGCGGCGAUGCGAGGCACAGGACUUCCCAACCUGGAGAGUAUGCUGCAGAGCGAAGGUUUUGGAAUCCUUGAAGGCACCACCGCCGGACAGUACUUCCACCUUCGCCAGGACAUCAAGGUCAAAUUUUCCAUCGACUGGCUUUUUGGGCAGCGGACGCCUCGGCAAGCGCAUCCUCCUGUGCAAACCAACCAGACUCCCGUGCCUUUCAGUGCCUCGCCUACGGACUGCGCCUCGAAUUUUAUCCCAGACGAUCCUCCAGCCGACUGUACGUUACAAUGCCUGGGCGGCGCCGUCUUCCACGUCCACCACCUCAUCCUCAAACUUCACGCCCCCUCGCUCGUUAAAACCACUGCGCCUGGCUCCACCGUGCACAUCGACAUGGACCCCGGCACCGCCGAGGAGGUCCUGCGCUUCUUCUACACCUGCGGUGACGCCCUCACCGCGGACCUCGCCCGCCUCUCCGCUGUCCUCUCCGUCGCCCAGCGCACUCCUCUGCCCAGCCUCGCCAAGGCCGCGGAGGCGUGCUGGCGCCGCCUCGCCGCUGCCACACCGCUCGACGCAUACCUGCACGGCGCGCGGUACAAGCUCGGCGCCAACCUCCUACGCAUCGCUGCGCGGCACACGCUCUCCAAGCGGCUCGAGGGGGUCUACACCAGCGCGAUGGACGCCGCGCCCGCCCGCGCGUACCACCACCUGCUCACGUACCACGCCGCGUGCGCGCGGGCGGUCGCGGCCAAGUACACGCUCGCGGCGGCGCGCUGGCGGGAAGCACUCGCGGCCGUGCUCGCGGCGCCGAGCGCUGUGGCUCGCCCGCCCGCCCCCGCCCCCGCUCCGACCAUCCCCGCCGACUCCAUUGCCGAUUUCUAUGCGUCACCGGCCCCCCAGGCGACACGGACAGCGCGGCCGCCGGCCACACGCACCCCGGAGAGCGUGUUGAAGACGGCGGAGACAUGGCUGUGCGCGUUGCUCGAGAGGGACGGAAAGGCGGUCGCGGAGGGCACCCGGGCGCCCUGGGCGCCCGUGGCGAGCGCGUACGCCGCCGGCGCGCUGCUCGCGUCCCCCGAGGCGCAGGCGCAGGCGUGGCCGCCCGCGCGGGCGGGCCACCUCGCGGGCCUCGUGCGCGCGGUGGGCGAGGUGGCGGCGACGCUGCAGACGGAGAUCGACGGGGCGAUCGACGGCGUCACGCUCGAAGUUUGA